UUGAAGAACUCGGGACUAAAAAGGAUGGUGGAGUAGCAUCCUUAGCGUUGCUGGUUUACUUUCCUAACAAUCCUCAAAACCAUUGUUCUUAGACUCUCUAUACAUUCCAAAUAACCUAAUUUGUACUGUAUAUAUAUAUAUAGUCUACGUCAAGCUUGAAUAAAUCUUCAUUAAUAUGGCCCCAGGAGUGCCUAUAGAUGGGAAUAUUUUGGGUACCGGGAAGGUUUCCACAGUUAACACUGGCUAUUCUAAGAGGGCCUACGUGACAUUUUUAGCCGGCAACGGGGAUUAUGUUAAAGGGGUAGUUGGGUUGGCUAAGGGUUUGCGCAAGGUGAAGAGUGCAUACCCUCUUGUCGUCGCAAUCUUGCCGGAUGUGCCUGAGGAACACCGUGACAUUUUGAGGUCUCAAGGUUGCAUUGUUCGUGAGAUCGAGCCUAUUUAUCCACCUGAGAACCAGAUUCAGUUUGCCAUGGCCUACUACGUGAUCAACUACUCCAAGCUCCGAAUUUGGAAUUUUGAGGAGUACAGCAAGAUGAUAUAUUUGGAUGCUGAUAUCCAAGUGUUCGAGAAUAUAGACCAUCUAUUUGACACCCAAGAUGGCUACUUCUACGCCGUGAUGGACUGCUUCUGUGAGAAAACAUGGAGCCACUCCCCUCAAUACUCCGUCGGCUACUGCCAGCAGUGCCCGGACAAGAUAACAUGGCCUGCUGAGAUGGGCUCUCCUCCUCCCCUGUACUUCAAUGCUGGGAUGUUUGUAUUUGAGCCUAGUCGUUUGACUUAUGAGAGCCUUCUUGACAAACUGCUGAUCACCCCACCAACCCCCUUUGCCGAGCAAGAUUUCUUAAAUAUGUUUUUCCAAAAAACAUACAAGCCAAUCCCUCUGCUUUACAACCUGGUUUUAGCCAUGUUAUGGCGACAUCCUGAGAACGUGGAGGUCGAGAAGGUUAAAGUGGUUCACUACUGUGCUGCUGGUUCAAAACCUUGGAGAUUCACCGGCAAGGAAGCUAACAUGGAUAGAGAGGACAUCAAGAUGUUAGUGGCAAAAUGGUGGGAUAUAUAUAAUGAUGAGUCCCUCGAUUUCAAUGGUGAAAACUCAGUUCCAGAAGAAGAAACAUUCUCGAGGUCAUCCAUCUUGUCUUCCAUGCCUGAGCCUGCCUUAUCCUACGUCCCUGCACCAUCUGCUGCUUAAAACUUCUUAAUUAAGAGAGUUUAAAAUCAAUCUUGUCUUUCAUUAUAUACCUUUUUCAGGCUACUUCGCCUUAGUAUUUUCGUCUACUGUGCAAGAUACCAUGGUAAUAUAUAAAGGUAUUACAGUAAUUUGAACUUUUAUAC